CUUAUUCGUAUUAAUUUAAAUGUAAACCGCGAUGUCGUUUAAAGGAAACGGUCAUUUUAGUACGAAAUCUCAUUUAGAAUGUAGCGCGAAUGAGGAGUCUCACGCUACCAUUGAAAAUUGUAAACAAACGUAUCCGCAGUUGAGAGAUCUAUCCUCUCCACGCAACGGAAGUGAAUUGGCGCGGACGGUGGACAACAGUGACUCUUCUCACGGGCAACAGUUAACUGAAGCGAAAACUUUGAAUAAUGAAUAUAAUUUACAUUCUAAAUCAAAUCACAAUAUUGUCGUAAGUGAGACACGAGCGCUUGAGAAAAGUAACGGCAAUGUACGACAACGCUCGAUGCUGCAGACUUGGACGUCAUUUGCAGUCCCGGAAGGCUUGGCGAUGGACCCGCUGGCGCCGGCGCCGCUGGCAGUCUCCACGGAGUUCAUGGAGCGCAUCGGCUCGGGACUUUCCCUGCUCAGGGAUCAUGGGAAAAAAGUGCAUAAGUAUGUAUGGAAAAACAGAAGGUUUGACAUUCUCAGAAGAUCGUGGAAAUCUACUGUGAAUGUAACAUUAGUCGACGCUAAAGACUUACCUUAUGGGCCCUCUAGCGGCUCCAAUGGACUGUAUUGCAAGUUUAAAUUAGGUAAUGAAACUCACAAAUCGAAACAAGUUCCAAAAUCUAAGCCAACUUGGUGUGAGAGGUUCAACCUGUACCAGUACGACGACAACCACUUGGAGGUAACAGUGUGGCACAAAGGAAAACAAAAGAAUUUUAUGGGCCGAUGUACCAUCGACCUCUCGCGGCUGGAGCGCGAGCGCACCCAUGAGCUCUGGCAGGAGCUGGAGUGCGGCUACGGCGCCCUGCACCUGCUCGUCACGCUAGGCGGGCCCGCCAGGGGCCUCCCGCUCGACAGCGUGCCCACCACGCGCUGCGUGCACCACGUCACGCCGCCCGAAAACAAAUAUACCUGGUACCGCCUGGACAACGACUGGGCCGAAGUGGGCCAAAUAUCGGUGACGGUGUACGGGGCGCGGGGGCUCAGCGCGCUGGGCAUCAGCGGCAAGGCCGACGCCUACUGUGUUCUAGAGCUUGACAACGCCCGUGUCCAAACGCACACCGUGACCGGCACCUCAGAACCCAUGUGGAACAAGAGUUACACUUUUGGCGUAAAUGACAUAACCUCUACAUUAGACAUCACAGUAUAUGACGAAUCUUUCAUCAAUAGCAAGAAGGGUGAAACGCUGGGAAAGAUAUCGAUCCCCCUUUUACGGAUCAACAACGACGAGAAGAGAUGGUACGCACUGAAAAACCGCUCUAAAAUGGCCAGCGCUAAAGGAAACUGUCCAAGGAUCCUUCUAGAAAUGUCUAUAGCGUGGAAUCCGAUCAAAGCAUCUCUGCGAGUAUUAAGCCCAAAGGAAACCAAAUAUAUACAGAAGCCGGCCAAAUUUGACAUUCCAUUGAUAUACAGUAAUUUAGUAUUCAUCAAAGAUAUCUUCCAUGUAAUUUACCUCGGAAACGAACAGUACAAAGUUUUGUUCGAAUGGGAGAACCGCGAGCGGUCGGUGGUGGCGCUGGCCGUGUGGCUGGGCUUCUGGUACUGCUUCCAGGCGUGGAUGCUGCCGCUGCUGUUGCUGGCGGCCUUCCUCUACCAGUGGACUGGCUACCGAAGUUGCAAUAACAAUGCCCUAGUUCCGGUUUAUACGUCAGACGACGAUUUAUCAGAUGAAGAAAUAGAUACGCAAAAGGAUGAGAUGACGAUAAAGGCGCGAUUGUACGAGCUGCAAGAUCUCACGUUUACUACCAAGAACAGCAUCGACUACAUCGUGUCAGUUAUCGAGAGAAUGAAAAACUUAAUAUUCUUUAGCGUCCCGUAUUUGAGCUACCUGGCGAUGAUAUUGCUGAUCUCGAUGUCGUUAGCUCUGUACCUUGUACCAGUCAAUUACAUAUUCAUGGUUUUAGGUGUGUAUAAGUUCACGCGGAAGCUGCUCAAUCCAGAAAGAGUUCCUAACAAUGAUCUUCUGGACUUCUUGUCUCGGGUUCCGGAUGAUAAAGAAUUGAAGGAGUGGCGAGAGCUGAAAGUUCCCGAGCCAAAUUUAAACAGACAAGGUUCCAUAAUGAAGAGGCGGUGAUAGCUCGAGAGCGGCGUCCGCUCUGCUAGUACGAGUAUAUGGUGCCAUAGACUUAGGAGAGGUGCAAGAUUGUAAAAGGCUGAAGAUUGCCCGUUGGCGACACCACUACACAAAGCUGUCUAGGUCUACUUUAGCCGAAUACAGGUGUAAUGCAAAUUGUGAUUUUAGUUUAAUGGAUUAAUUAAAUUAAUUUUAAUGACGUUA